GUUUUGUGAGCUAAUGAGACGGAGGAUGUAUGGUGACCCCUCACCUCAUCGCUUCAUGUUGUGCACCGAUGCCCCAACCGACACUGGAUCCCAUAGCCCUUGCGGAGUUAAUUACUUGGAGACCAAUUCAUGAAUGAAUCCAAAUUAGUUUUGGAUUACACUCUACAUACUUCUUUAGGCCAUAAACAUCGCCGUCUUUUCGUUUGCGACAGAACCAAACAUCACGCCGUCUUUUCUUUUGCGACUGAACCAAAGUGUCCAUCACCCCAUCGGUAUUUCCUGUAGGUGGCUGUAAUCUCCUCUUAAAACAUCUUCCCCUAGUCAAAAUUAUAUUGUCUCAUCAUUACAACCCCCAAUCGUGGCGUGAAUGUCAAACCCAUACUAUAGUUCGUCAGCCAGCGGUAGUUCAUCGCCCCCGUCUGAGACGCCUUCCAACAAUACUUCUCCUGCCAACAUCUCCGCCCCCCUCUGGCCAUCCAGAUCCUCGGAUGAAGCAGAUUCCCAAAGUACACAUUCACGAGAAACUCCAAACAGAAUGCCAGUAGAUUUACCUCGUGCAAGCUUGACAGGGAGGGGGGGAUGCUGGACAUGCCGCCUCCGAAGAAAGAAAUGUGACGAACAACGAGAGGGCAACUCCUGUCAUACCUGUAAACGCUUGAGAAUAGAUUGUCUCGGGUGGGGAACAAGACGCCCAGAAUGGAUGCGCGACAAGAAAGCCGUCGAAGAUUACAAGGCUGGCAUCAAAGCUCAGCUAACACGGGCUGGCCUCAUCCGUGGUCAGCCAAAAUCCUCGAUAUUGCAAGCCAGUUCAGCGGGUCCAUCAUCUACGCCAGCUUCUUCAUCCUCCGUGUUCCCUUCGCGACAGUUUCAACCAUCUGCAAGUUCUUCGGGGUCUUCUCGAGUCAACGAUUUAGGAAUGCCAGCGUAUGUCGAUUCAUUGAGCGACCCAACCGGAAUGUCCGUUUUUGGUUCAACAUUGAACUCACCUCAGAUUAUUUCUGUCCCUCUGUACACGAGGGAUGGGAGCUUUCAGCGUUCAAACCACAAUUCCCCCUUCAGCCCUUCCGGCUCUCUUCCCUCAGACACAUCGCCCGUGGCAGAAUUGCACUUUAAUCCUGACUUCGACACCGCCACCCAAGACCUGUAUAAUUCUCCAAUGACAUCGAUACCAGACGAUGGCUUGCAAAUGGAGCACAUUUUUUAUUACUUCGAGCAUGUUCGGCAGUUGCAGUAUGCGUUUGCUGGCAAUUCUGUAGCAAAUACAACAUAUUCACUCGUAUUGAAACACCCACAGGGCUCGGUGGCAAACGCUAUUUCCGCAUUGGCAUCAUUACACUUCAGUUUGAUUCGUAUCGCCCACGGUUUCGAGGCGCCAAACCCCACCCUGGAGCACUCACCGGCAAUCCGAUUCUAUGAUAGUGCCCACCAACAACUCUACAGAAACAAGCAAACAACGCUAAGCGAGUCCGAUGCGAAUGCAGCCAUCCACAUGUUGAGCUUCUCGCUCAUGUCAGGUGGAGUAACAGAUUGGCGCCCAAUGUUGGAUAUCGCGAGCGAAUGGCUUGCAAGGACGGGGAUAACAACGAGCGAUAACCCCAAGUUGAUGAUGAUAAACAUGAAUGAGGCAUCGCGACUGGCACUGAAAGCCACGAUGUGGUGUGAUAUCAUGUCAACCUUGACCCUGAAAACGACGCCAAAGCAUCUAUCCUUCUACCGGCGACUGUUCCGCGGAGGAUCGGGUUACUGGGGUUUAACGCAGCAGGGCAUCGACGAGUCAGCCCUUCGUAUGGAUAGCUUAACUGGUUGUCCAGACGAAGUACUUCUUGGUAUCGCGGAGAUAGCAACUUUAUCAUGCUGGAAGAUGCAAGAACUUCGUAAAGGUUCUUUGAGCAUGAGAGAGCUCAUUCGGCGAGGGGACGUUAUCGAGCGACACCUUCGUACCCAAACAGAGACAAUGCUAUCGACAGAAGCGGACCAAACGUCAUUACAUCCUGAUCUAUCGUCAAUGACUGUUGAGCAUGGCAAUGCACAAAAUUCACCUACUGGACACGCAAGCACAUCCCUUCCUGCGGAUGACACUCGGAGGAUAGUAGCUGAUAUCUUCCGAGAAGCAACCAUCCUCUACCUACAUACAGUGCUCAGUGAACCUAAUCCAGGAGUGCCCGAGAUCGUGAAUUCGAUAGAUGUCAUUGUACAAUUAUUGAACCGGCUGCCCGUGUCAAAUAUCGACCGCUGCCUAGUGUUCCCCAUAUGUCUGGCUGGGUGUCUCGUGGACGAUCCCAUGAAGCGCGAGUUUCUGAAAACACGGUUGCAAGGCCAACACAAUGGCUUUGGCAACAUCAAUCAGGCUCUGCGAGUCAUGCAAACUGCAUGGCAAAAACGGGAUAGUCAAGGAGGAGCAGUCCAAUGGCAAGACCUGCUCCAUAUCCAAGGGCGCCAGUCGGUCCUACUAGUUUAAGUUCUGACGGUUUUUCACUUUGUAUACCAUACACACCUAGUUAUUUUAAGGCCAUUGCAUCGGUCGUACGAUACCAUCCCACAGUACUUGGAUUAACAAAAUGUAGAGCUUUGAAUUUGAGGAAUAUUAAUUUGACUCACAUUUC